AUGGCGGACGGCUCCCGAGCAUGCCGGUGCCGCAAAGGCCCCCAUUGCCGGAGAGGACCACGAGGUGCUCGGCUUUUGCUGGCAGCUGCACUCUGCUUUCUCUGUGCUCCCCGCGCUCCGCAUUCUGCGUGGGCGGCGCCUCCCCUGCCCCGGCGAGCGCUACUGGCCGCAGCAGGUCUGGCACUUCCGACGCCAACUGCCCAUGGGGAGGAUCGACUUUGCCCCUCCGGGGCACUGGUGCAUCUGCAGGGCACCUCAGGUGACGUCUUCGUCCUGGGCGUCACGCACCUCAGCAACAAGUCUGCCCAAGUGGUGCGCAGCGUGGUGCAAAAAGCAUCGCCGGAUAUGGUGAUGGUCGAGUUGGACGCGAGUCGCGUAGCAGGCCUCGCCAGGAAUUCCACGCGCGCUGCCAAGGCUGCUGCGCCAGAGGCGCCUUCGGACUUUUUCACUUCUGCAAGGAAAGCCACCACCGACGCGGCAUUGGGCAUGGCCGCGGGAGUUCUUCGCUUCGGACUAGAUAUGAUUUACCGAGCAUUCGAGAAGUAUCUCAACACUCCUGCUGGCACGGAGAUGUUGGCUGCUGUCGAGGAGGCGGCGAAGGUCGGUGCUCCUGUGAUGCUUGGAGAUCGCCCGGCGCAGGACACGCUGAAUCGACUGGUCGAGGCAGGACAGUCAUCAGACCUUGGGCAGCUGGAGCAGGACCUGGCGAUCUCGGUGCCUGAACUGCGCACCAGUGACCUCGGCCUGCAGGCGCUGGUGGACAGUGCCACCGAUCAAGCCACUGCGAAGCGGCUGCGCAGGGCGUUCAAGGCAUCGGCCCCCGAGCUCUUCGCAGCACUGGUGGGUGAGAGAGAUGAGUACAUGGCGGCGAACCUGGCCAGGGCCGCCCGCAAUGGGAGGCGGCGGAUCGUGGCGGUGGUCGGGAGCCUUCACGUGCAAGGGAUCUCGGAAGCCCUCGAACGCAUCUUGAACUUGAGGGUCUUGGAUGCCUGUGUCUCUUGA